CUAAAAAUGCCAACUUUUUGUCUUCUUCUGCUCGGCCUCCAGUACCCGACACCCCUACCACUACUUGAGUGGUACCGGCCUACCUGCUACUUGAGUGUUUUUCCCCGCUGUUCUAAGUGUUGGGAGCCUAUCCCCGCUACUUGAGUGUUUUCCCCCCUGCAACCCUCAAAGUCACGGCCACAGAUGCCAUGGAGGGAGGCGAAGCGCUAGUUUUCACAAACCUAGGUUGUCCAGCGUGCCAUCGUGCGAAGGCGGCUCUUAAGCAGAAUGGCGUGGUUUACAGGGAAAUUGACAUCUCGGAGGACGCAAAGGCUCAGGAGGUAGUCAGAGAUGUCACUGGGCGACGAUCUGUGCCUGUGAUAUUCAUCAAUGGAAAGUACAUCGGGGGAGCAGAGGAGUUAGAGGAGGCUGUAACAUCACGGGAACUGGUGAACAUUGUAGAAGGACAACCUGCAAUUCUUCCUCGCAUGAUUCGAGGACUCAUUGCAAAUAGGACUGGUACGGCGCCACGCACAUCGCCAGUCCACACUGAGAAGACAGGUGUUCAGACCCCUGACAACAGGACGACUGGACACGGUGAGGAUAAAUCUGUUCUGGAGGAGCUGGCAUGGCGAAUGGUGGACAGAAAGGAGGGCCUGCGGAGAAGUGGUGCGUUCUCUGGUGCAGAAGCAUGCGCAUGGCUUGUCAAGAAUUGUGAAGAUGUGCAUAAUCAGUUGGACUUGGCAAUCAGAAAAGGGCGCGAGUUGCAGGGUGCACAUCUCCUGUGCCAUGUCACUUUCAGUGAGCCUUUCUCGGCCAGUGCAGAGGAGUUUUUUCGGCUUACCACUCAAGAUGAUGAACCGGCAAUCAGUCGGGCAUUGAAUGCAAGGCGCACCUGGGUGAAGCCGACACGAGCAGCCUCAAAGGUUAUCGCAGAAUUGAGGAAGAUGGUGCUAGCUUUGCAUGUGGAGGCGAUAUCAGCAGAUGGGAGGUCUGUGAACUAUACUGCCCUUUCAACCAGUAACUCGUUCAAAAAGUAUGUGAAGGCUGCGGAAGAGCUCCAGAGGGUUGACUUGUUCAGUCUCAAUCGAGAGGAGAAAAUGGCUUUCUUUAUUAACGCCUACAACACGCUAGUCAUUCAUGCAAUGGUAGAGAGUGGUCCUCCCAAGUCUGUCUUUAAGCGCAUGGGAUUCUAUAAGGGAAUGAAGUACUAUAUCGGAGGUAACGAUUUCUCUCUAGACGACAUUGAGCAUGGCGUAUUGCGCGGGAACCGCGCGCCCCCCUCCAGCUUUAUAAAGAACCCAGUAUUUGGGUCGACAGAUCCACGCCGUUUUCACGCUAUUGUCCCAUUAGAACCUCGCAUCCAUUUUGCGCUUGUGUGUGGAGCGAAGUCCUGUCCUCCAAUCAAAAUGUACACUCCAGAGAAUCUUGAUGAUGGCCUUCAAGUUGCAACUAUAUCCUUUUGCGAGGGAGAGGUGAAACUCAACCUAGAACGAAGGACCGUAACCUUAUCCAGGAUUUUUGACUGGUACAAAGACGAUUUUGGCGAAACGCCAAAGGAGAGGCUUGCAUUCAUUUCCACCUUCUUGUCGAAGCAGAAGCAGAAUGACCUGAAGGAGUUGAUUCAAGGAGGGAAUUUCAAAAUAUCCUACAGUGAUUACAACUGGAGUCUUAAUGAUUGACUGGCCUUGCCACUUCUUGAAGGCACACUGAGGACUGUACUCAGCGCCAAGCCAGAGAGCAUGAUUUUCCUGAUGCUGUUAAGCAUACUUCUGAUAUGACAACACGUUAUGCCAGGUGACAAGAAAGACACAGGACGCCAUGCUGCGGACGACAAGGACACCUGAAGAGAAAGUGUGCACUGGUGUAGAGGGGGAAAAUGACAAGCAGGGGGUAGGGAAGGGGUGAUGAUUGAUGUUGUUGGUGGUGAUCAUGCUCGAUGGAAUCGAUUGUCGUAGACAGAGCGCUGUGAGGAAGGGAGAAGAUGACAAAGGGGGGGGGCGGGGCGAGAACAGGAGGACCGGGGAGCACUCAGAGAAACGAGGGACAAUCAGCGAAGCAGGAAGUGCUAGACUACAGCAGGAGAAGCUGAGGAGGAUACCGAGUGAUCGGGAGCUGUAGGACGAUUGCUGUCCAACAAGCUCUUCAUUGUCUGGCAUUUGCCCAUGAUACUCUCAAGACAGCCAAACAAGCAGGAACACAAGCGCCGGAAACAACAGUGGAAAGACGGUCGACAACACACGGAACGCUUCUGCUGUAUUCCAAGAAGGAUGGAGGAAACUGAGGAUGUGAGAGGACAAUGACAACAAAACAAUGCUUUCGGCAGCAUCUAACACCAGCAUGAUAAACGAAAUCGAAACUG